GUCCGGAUGUGCUUCAGAUCCGGAUACUGCGCGACAGACUGGCCAAGCCGACGAUGACGACCGAGCUCGAGGCCAUGGCCAAGGAGGAAGAGCGCCGAAGGAAGAAGAGCGCGUACGCGAAAGCGUACUACGAGGCCAACAAGGCCAGCGUCAGCCAGAAGCAGAAGCUGCGCCGCCAAGCCCGCAUUGCGUCCUGCCACGCCAUCAAGCACGAGGCGAGGCCGAACCCGGCUCAACCGACCGGGCACCCGCGCCCGCGAGCUAUCAAAACAGAGUGGCGAGGAGCGACGACCGCCGCCCGCAGCACAGACGCAGCAUACCAGGCCUUGACCUGGACGACCGACGCGCGGCAAGAUGUGCUACUGUUCACAGAGACGUUGCCCGCCGACUUGUUUGUACGAGAGAACGACGAGCCUCAAGCACCGCCCGUCGACGAGCCUGCGCCCACGCGCUGUACGUCGAUAUCGAACGAGACCACGCGUGAUUGGCUCUGCGUAUGUCCCUAUUGCAUGCAGUAA